GUGUUUGCUUUAAAAAUGGCUUUUUAUGUUGCUCCACAGGUACUACUGUUGAUGCAUUACUGACCAUACACCGGUGGUAAUGAGGGAUAGGCAGGAGAAGCUGAAUGUGGGCAGAUAAAAGCUCCUUUUGUCUGACUAGAUGGAGAUCCCCCAAAUGUGGAAAGAAGGCGGGUGGCGGUGUGCCGCUCCACCCCAGGUGUCACGGGCUGUUUUAAAUAGAGAGGAGGAGGAAGGGCGACAUCAUCAGCAUCACUUCUUUCACCUGACCUGAUACUCUCACUUCCCUGGAGUUCAGCCAGCAUCCUGCACUGAGGACACAGAGCAGCCAGAGAUUAAACAGUUAGAGGUCACAUCAACCCCAACCACUGCUCUAGAAAGUGACACCAACCCCAGCAUCAGCCCUACCACCUCUGGGUCUCCUGCAAACAUCUCCAUUGCUGCUGCUGACGCUUCCAUCCUGCACACCGCCCCCCCUGACCCUUCCAACAUGGCCGACCUCUCCGUCGAUGACAGCAAGUACCUCUUCCUGGAAAACGACUUCCAUAACAGUGGGGUGGCCCAGGCUGACUGGGCGGCCAAGAAGAUGGUGUGGGUCCCAUCAGAGAGGGAAGGAUUCGAACCCGCUAGUAUCAAGGAGGAGAAGGGAGAACAGGUCCUGGUGGAGCUCUCCAACGGACAGAAGGCAACGGUGAACAAAGAUGACAUCCAGAAGAUGAACCCACCCAAGUUCAGUAAAGUAGAGGAUAUGGCUGCUCUCACUUUUCUCAAUGAAGCAUCCGUCCUGCAUAACCUGCGAGAGAGAUACUUCUCCAGCCUGAUCUAUACGUACUCGGGUCUGUUCUGCGUGGUGGUGAAUCCCUACAAGAUGCUGCCAAUAUACUCGGAAAAGAUCAUCGAGAUGUACAAGGGCAAGAAACGCCACGAAGUGCCACCACACAUCUACUCUAUCACGGACAACGCCUACAGGAACAUGUUGCAGGAUCGUGAGGAUCAGUCUAUUCUCUGCACUGGUGAGUCUGGAGCAGGAAAGACGGAAAACACCAAGAAGGUGAUUCAGUACCUCGCCGUCGUCGCCUCGUCACAUAAAGGCAAGAAGGACGUCAACCCUGAAUCGGUUGCUGCAGCUGUGGCCAAGCAGCAGUCAGGAUCUCUGGCCUAUGGGGAGCUGGAAAAGCAGCUGCUGCAGGCUAAUCCCAUCCUGGAGGCCUUUGGCAACGCCAAGACAAUCAAGAACGACAACUCGUCCAGAUUUGGGAAAUUCAUCAAACUUAACUUUGACGUGACUGGCUUCCUUGUCGGGGCAAACAUUGACACCUAUCUGCUGGAGAAGUCACGCUGCAUUCGACAAGGGAACACAGAGAGAGCCUUUCACAUCUUCUACUACAUGGUGGCUGGAGCAAAAGACAAGAUGAGGGAGGAGCUGCUGUUGGAGGACUUCAACAGCUACCGCUUCCUGAUAGCGGGUAACGUGGAGAUUCCCGGUCAGCAGGAUGAUGAGCUUUUUGACGAGACUCUGGAAGCAAUGGAGAUCAUGGGCUUUACAGAUGAGGAGAGAUUAGGCAUGUUGAAGGUGGUGUCCACUGUUCUCCAGCUGGGAAACAUCAAGUUUGAGAAGGAGAGGAACAGCGAGCAGGCCACCAUGCCUGAAAACACGGCGGCACAGAAGGUGUGCCACCUGCAGGGCAUCAACGUGACCGACUUCACCCGCGCCAUCCUCACACCCAGAAUCAAAGUGGGGAGGGAGGUGGUGCAGAAGGCCCAGACCAAACAGCAGGCCGAUUUUGCCGUGGAGGCUCUGGCUAAGGCCAUGUACGAGCGCUUGUUCCGCUGGAUCCUCGCUAGAGUCAACAAGACGCUGGACAAGAGCAAGAGACAGUCGUCGUCCUUCCUGGGAAUCCUGGACAUUGCUGGCUUUGAGAUUUUUGAGGACAACUCGUUCGAGCAGCUCUGCAUCAACUACACCAACGAGCGGCUGCAGCAGCUCUUCAACCACACCAUGUUCAUCCUGGAGCAGGAGGAGUACAAGAGAGAGGGAAUAGAGUGGAACUUCAUCGACUUUGGCCUGGACCUGCAGCCCUGCAUCGAGCUCAUUGAGAGGCCGAACAAUCCCCCAGGCAUCCUGGCACUGCUGGAUGAGGAGUGCUGGUUCCCGAAGGCCACCGAUCAGUCGUUCGUGGACAAGCUUCUGAACACCCACACAGGUCACGUGAAGUUCUCUAAACCCAAACAACACAAGGAUAAACUGAUGUUCACGGUGCUGCACUACGCUGGAAAGGUUGAUUAUAAUUCAGCCAGCUGGCUGACUAAGAACAUGGAUCCUCUGAAUGACAACGUGACGGCUCUACUCAACAACUCCUCCAGCAGCUUCAUCCAGGACUUGUGGAAAGACGUGGAUCGAGUGGUGGGCCUUGAUACGAUCACCAAAAUGUCGGAGAGUUCUGUGCCCAGUUCCACCAAAUCCAAAAAGGGAAUGUUUCGUACGGUGGGUCAGCUGUACAAGGAGUCUUUGGGCAAACUGAUGACCACGCUGCACAACACGCAGCCCAACUUCGUCCGCUGCAUCAUUCCCAACCACGAGAAGAGGGCCGGUAAGAUGGACGCCAACCUGGUGCUGGAGCAGCUUAGGUGUAACGGAGUGCUGGAGGGCAUCCGGAUCUGCAGGCAGGGAUUUCCGAACCGCAUCGUUUUCCAGGAGUUCAGACAGAGGUAUGAGAUACUGGCUGCCAGCGCCAUCCCUAAAGGCUUCAUGGAUGGAAAGCAGGCGUGCUGUCUGAUGGUAAAGCACUUGGAUCUGGAUCCAAACCUGUAUCGCAUUGGUCAGAGUAAAAUGUUCUUCAGAACGGGGGUUCUGGCUCAGCUGGAGGAAGAGCGAGACCUCAAACUGACCGUCGUCAUCAUCGCCUUCCAGGCACAAGCACGAGGCUUUUUGGGACGCAAAGCGUUUAGUAAACGACAACAACAGCUGACUGCCAUGAAGGUCCUCCAGAGGAACUGUUCUUGUUACCUCAAACUGAAGAACUGGCAGUGGUGGAGGCUGUUCACGAAGGUGAAGCCCCUGCUACAGGUGACCAGACAGGAGGAGGAAAUGGGUCAAAAGGAGGAGGAGCUAAGGGCGGUAAGAGAGGUGGCAGCUAAGGCUGAAAUUGAACUGAGGGAAAUCGCCCAGAAACACACUCAGCUGGCAGAGGAGCGAUCACAGCUGGAGCUGAAGCUUCAGGCCGAAACAGAGUUGUACGCAGAGGCCGAGGAGAUGAGAGUGCGUCUGGAGGCCAAGAAGCAGGAGCUGGAGGAGGUGCUGCAUGAGAUGGAGGCCCGGUUGGAGGAGGAGGAAGAGCGCAGCAUCUCCUUGCAACAGGAGAAGAAGGACAUGGAGCAGCAGCUACAGCUGAUGGAGGCCCACAUCGCAGAGGAGGAGGAUGCUCAGCAGAAGCUCCAGCUGGAGAAAGCAGCUGUGGAGGGGAAGGUGAAGAAAAUGGAGGAGGACAUCAUGCUCAUGGAGGAUCAAAACAACAAGCUGCAGAAGGAGCGAAAGCUUCUAGAGGAGCGUAUGGCUGAUAUGAGCUCCAACCUGGUGGAAGAGGAGGAGAAGUCAAAGAAUCUGACCAAACUCAAGGCCAAACAUGAGUCCAUGAUCUCGGACCUGGAGGUUCGUAUGAAAAAGGAGGAGAAGGCUCGCCAGGACGUGGAGAAGGCAAAGAAGAAGGUGGAUGCAGAGUUGGCAGACCUGCAAGAGCAAUAUGCCGACCUGCAGGCACAGCUAGCUGAGCUGCGAGCCCAGUUAGCGGCCAAAGAAGAGGAGCUCCAGGCUACACAGGCACGUUUGGAGGAGGAGAGCACCCAGCGUGCAACGGCGGUCAAGAAAGUUCGUGAGUUGGAAAUGUUGCUCUCGGAACUGCAGGAGGACUUGGAGGCAGAGAGGGUGGCGAGGGGGAAGGCCGAGGCUGCUCGACGGGACCUUGGAGAGGAGCUAAAUGCACUGCGCUCUGAGCUGGAGGACAGUUUAGAUACCACCGCUGCACAACAGGAGCUACGAGCAAAACGAGAGCAGGAGGUAACCAUGCUGAAGAAGGCUAUGGAAGAUGAGGGGCGGAGCCAUGAGGCCCAGAUACAGGACCUUCGACAGAAACAUAGCCAGGCUGCUGAGGAGCUGACUGAGCAGCUGGAGCAAGCCAAAAGGGUGAGGGCUAGUCUGGAGAAAGCCAAACAAGCCUUGGAGAAGGAGUCGGCAGACUUAAGUGCUGAGCUCAGAUCCCUCGCCAGCUCAAAGCAAGAUGUGGAGCACAAGAAAAAAAAGGUGGAGGCUCAGCUAAACGAUUUAAACUCCCGGUUCAACGAAAGCGAAAGGCAGAGGAAUGAGCUUGGAGAGCGAGUAUCAAAGUUGAAUAUGGAGCUGGAUAGUGUGACGGGCCUGCUGAACGAAGCCGAGGGGAAGAAUAUCAAGCUGAGUAAAGAUGUCUCCAGUCUGUCUUCUCAGCUCCAGGAUGCACAGGAGCUGCUGUCCGAGGAGACUCGUCAGAAGCUGAAUCUGUCCGGACGUGUGCGUCAGAUGGAGGAGGACAGGAACAGCCUGAUGGAGCAGCUGGAAGAGGAGACGGAGGCCAAACGGGCCGUAGAAAGACAGGUCUCCAGCCUCAAUAUGCAGUUGUCUGACCACAAGAAGAAGCUGGACGAGAUGUCGGGGACGGUAGAGCUGCUUGAGGAGGGAAGGAAGCGAAUGCAGCGUGACCUGGAAGCCGCCAACGGCGAGUACGAGGAAAAGGCUUCGGCCUACGACAAGCUGGAGAAGAGCCGCAGUCGGCUGCAGCAGGAGCUUGAGGACGUCCUCAUGGACCUGGACAGCCAGCGGCAGCUCGUCUCCAACCUGGAGAAGAAGCAGAAGAAGUUUGAUCAGAUGUUGGCUGAUGAGCGAGCUGUGUCGGCUAAGGUUGCAGAGGAGCGAGACCGAGCAGAGGCGGACGUGAGGGAGAAGGAGACCAAGGUGUUAGCUCUGACCCGGGCGCUGGAGGAGAAGCAGGGGGUCCUAGAGGAAGCCGAGAAGGCCAUGAAGGCACUCCGAGCUGAGAUGGAGGACCUCAUCAGCUCCAAAGACGACGUGGGAAAGAGUGUCCACGACCUGGAGAAGGCAAAGCGUGGGCUGGAGGCCUUCGUGGACGAGAUGAGGAUGCAGAUGGAGGAGCUGGAGGAUGAGCUUCAGGUGGCUGAGGACGCCAAGCUGCGUCUGGAGGUCAACAACCAAGCCCUGAAAGCUCAACAGGAGCGGGAGCUGCAGGCCCGCGAGGAGAUGGGCGAGGAGAAGAGGAAGCAGCUCCUCAGACAGGUGCGAGAGCUGGAGGCGGAGCUGGAAGAGGAGAGGAAGCAGCGAGGUCAGGCGUCCGGCGGCAGGAAGAAGCUGGAGGGAGAGCUGAAAAACAUGGAGGACCAGCUGGAAGCCACCAGCAGGGGGCGGGAAGAGGCGCUGAAGCAGCUCCGCAAAAUCCAGGGGCAGAUGAAGGACCUCCAGAGGGAGCUGGAGGACUCUCGUGCUGCUCAGAAGGAGGUCCUCUCCUCAGCCAGGGAGUCGGAGCGCAGAUCCAAGACGAUGGAGGCAGAAAUCCUCCAGCUGCACGAGCUGCUGGCAGCUGCUGAGAGAGCUCGGAAGCAGGCGGAGACGGAGAGAGACGAGCUGUCCGAGGAACUGGCCAGUAACUCCUCUGGAAGGUCGAUGCAGUCCGAUGAAAAGCGCCGCCUGGAGACAAAGAUCAGUCAGCUCGAGGAGGAGCUGGAGGAGGAGCAGGCUAACGUGGAGAACCUCAACGAGCGGCUGAGGAAGAGUCAGCAGCUGAUGGACCAGCUGGGAGCAGAGCUGGCGGCUGAGAGAUCUUCCUCUCAGACCAGAGAGGGAUCCAGGCAGCAGCUGGAGAGACAGAACCGGGAGCUGAAGGCCAAACUGCAGGAGGUUGAGAACCAGAACCGCUCCAAGCUUAAGUCGACCAUCGCUGCUUUGGAGUCUAAGUUGAGGGAGGCAGAGGAGCAGCUGGAGGUGGAGACCAGAGAACAUCAGGCCAACGGCAAGAAUCUGCGUCAGAAAGAGAAGAAGCUGAAGGAUCUGAGCAUCCAGAUCGAGGAUGAGAGGAAGCAGGCACAGCAGUACAAGGACCAGAUGGAGAAGAGCAACGUCCGAGUGAAGCAGCUGAAGCAUCAGCUGGAGGAAGCAGAGGAGGAGGCGCAGCGCGUGGCAGCCGCCCGCAGGAAGCUGCAGAGGGAGCUGGACGAGGCCACGGAGGCCACCGAUGCCCUCAGCAGGGAGGUGUCGUCCCUGAGGAGCAAACUGAGGCGUGGCGGCGGGGAGCCGGUGUUCAGCGCUCCUCGGAGCAGCAGCGGAGGGAUAAGGAGCUCAGGUCUGGGACCUGGCGUCAGCCGGCGGGUCAAAGAGAACUCAUUGGACCUACAGGAAGAGGAGGCUCCCUCCCCGUCUCCUCCCACCUCCUCCCCUCAGCUGGAUCAGCACAGGGAGGGGUACCCCUGCUCCCCAGACGAGUAAACCCACCCCACGUUUGAAUUGUUAUGGGAUUUAAAAAUAUUUAGACACUUUUCAUUUGAAGAUAAUGUAGAUUCAUAUCAGCGUUGGAUUUUAGAAAUUAUUUUAUGCAAAAUGUAAAAUAGGUCAGAGCAUUGAAAUGGCUUAAAAUUGAUCAUUUGUCAUGCUAAACUUUAUUCCUGUCAAAGAAAAAUGUAAUUAUUGAUCAACAUUAAAAUUAUUUAAAUAUCAUUCCUAAAAAUAAAAAGCUGUAGAUCAUUUGAAAUAGCAUUUUUGCUGUCAAAAUAUAUUUAUUGAUUGAUAAAGAAAGCAAAGGGAUUCCCUGAUUAUUUAUAAAAUUCUGUAAAUCUGUUUAUUUCCAAUAAAUUUAGAGUUAUGGUGGA